AUGGCCGUGUCUAUGGUACCGAGGAAUGGCAUAACAUUGAAAAGCUAUGGUGAACAUGCAAAUAAAGGACAGGCGAUAUUGCUCAAGCUGGACGAUGGGGCGGUCCAGGACAUCAGGAAGGCUGCUGAGGUCAAGAAUGGUUUCCAGUUCCUCACUGGCACCACUCCAAAAUUCCGUAUCGGUGGUCGCACAAUCGACCUCACCCUGUCCAGUGAAGCCUUCCGAAACGAGCUCUACAAUACACCACUCGCCGACUCGCUUGCCGAGCUCGAAUAUGCAGGCCUUAUCACACAUCGAGCAGCUCUCAAAGUACGGCAAGCCAGCCCAAAGGUUGGCGAGACAGGUACAGACGAGGCUCUAGCAGCGUUACAGAGAAAUAUGGCGUCCUUCGAGCAAGAGAAGCAGGCAAAUCAGAUCGACAUCCAUAAUGUGGUAUUGCCAGAGCCAAAGAACAGGUUCGCAGCAGCGAAGAAACAGCAUAGACGGAUGUUGAGUAGUGAGCAAGGACUGGGAGCAUCCAGUCAGGUGUCAACACCUAUGCACAAUGCUGGGCCAACGUCAGCAUACACGAGUGAGGCAGAUGUGAGGACGAAAGCAAUGCGGAUCCCGCUCAUUCACUUACUUGCAAUGAGACCUUUGGCAAGUGAGGCGAUAGUGGACAAAACUCACAUGCCAAGCAGUGAGCUUGAUAGCAUAUUACCGAAGGUGGCAAGGAAGGUUGAUGGUACCUGGCAACUCAUGGACAGAGCAUAUAAGGAUUUGGAAGUUUGGAAGUUUGGAUACACUUCACAGGAGGACCAAAAGCUAGCAAUCGGCAACGCAAUACGAGCAUACGAUCGGUUGAGGAUUGGCAAGGAGGACAAGAUCUGGCAGGGUCUCUUAGCAAAGGAGGAGAGAGGUAAAGGCAUCAUUCUUUCGAGGCUCAAUCCGGUGAACCGUGGUCUCACGCCACUUCAUGGGCAAGAUCUUGCGGACGAUAACAUGUCCGUCAGCGCUGCUGUAACACCACCACUUGGUGCAUCAACGCCACGACCUGGAGGUGCUAAAAGCGACCCGAUGAAACGUAUCAUGGCGGCUAAGGAUCCCAAAAAGCGAGCCAUCGAGGAGGCGAAGGAGAAGAAGCGGAAGGAGAAGGAGAAGGAGGUUGGCAAGGACGCUACAGGUUCUGACCGCGAAGGCGCUAAGCGUGUCAAAGCCCAACCCAAGAAGAAGGCAGACCCGAAGAUCAAGUCAGCGGAAACAGUGCAUAGCUCCGAUGAAGAGAGUGGUGAAGAAGGUGAAGUCAAGGAGGGCGCGAAUAUGAGCAGGGUAGAUUCCAAGAUUGGUCCUGAAAAGGCAAAUCAGAAGUCAAACCCUCGUGCUUCAGCAUCGCCAGAGGAGAGUGAUGCGGCGGGUGCACGCAGAGCUGGCACGCCAAGCACGAAAAAGCUGGACCCAGCCAAGUCGAUUGCUGCGCUUGCCAACAAGACUGCGAAAGCUGCGGCUGGUAAGUCCACACCACGCACCACCACCGGCCUCUCAGCCCCAAGUUCUCAGCACAAGUCAGCACGCAGUCCUUCCAAGACUGAUAGUCGGCCGAACGUGCCUUCGCCCCUUGGAGCAGCGAGACCACGAGUCGCUUCCGAUGUGUCCGAUCGUCACGCACUCGGUGUGCAGAGACUGAGACCGGGUGCGGCAACGCCACAAGGGUUGGGUAUCACAAAUGGUGGCAUCAGGAAACGCCACGGCACAAUUACCAGCACCGACUCUGCUGCCUCGUCUGCUUCUGACAAGAAAGCAACUGAGAUGCAGCGUCCGAAGCCCUCGACGAAUGGUUCACACAAGGCCACGCCAAACGGAAUCAGGACGCCACAGCCAACCAACGGCGUGAAGCGCAAGGUGGCAGACACAGCAUCGACCGAGCAGAGCACCAAACACCGCAGAACAGUACCCUCAACUCCACUACCGACAUCAUCCCGACCAGCCGAAUCUCAAGCCCAUCCACCCACCACCUCGCAAACCUCACCGAAAGACACAACGGGCGAAAGCAGCGACAGCGCCACAUCGAUCGUACUGGACAGUAUCACAUACUCCCAAGGCGUGGCCAUGGCAGAGAAAUUCCGCGAUCAUUACUACCCCGCCUACGCCACUAUGUACGAUGCACUCGCCGCCAAAGAGGCUGGAGGAGAAGUUGUGGAAAAGGGUGAGCGGGAGACGUUGUGGGCGAUGCAUAAGCGGCUGGAACAGAUGAAGAGGGAGAUUGCAAAGGCGGCUGCUAGGGAGGAUGGGCUUUAG